AAAUAUUGAGAACAGAAAUAGUCGAGCUUUAUCUUCUCCCUUUCAAGCAUGGAAGCAUGCUCGGCUCUAUCCCUCUCUUCUCCCAAAACCCACCUCCUCUUCAACCUCUGCAACUCACCUCAUUCUUCUUCUUCUUCUUCUAACAGCAAACCCUUCUGCUCUUUCUCCCCAAACCUCCAUUCCAAUAUUCACAAAUCUCUCACCUUCUCUUCUUCAUCUAAAAACUCUUUCUUUCUCUCUCAACCUCAUGCUGUUGCAGACGCCCUAGAAGCAGCUACGGAGACUUCAAAUCUUUCACAAGGAGCUUUCUCUAAGAUCGACAAUGGCGGGCGAUUCGGUAGCCCUAGAGCUGCCAGGGAACUCGCUCUGUUGGUCGCUUAUGCCGCUUGCUUAGAAGGCUCUGAUCCUGUUCUUCUCUUGGACAAGAGGGUUAAUGCAAAGAGAGUGCCGGGUUAUAUCUUCGACAAGGCCUCUCUGUUGCAGUAUGAUCACAUGAGCUUUGGUGGGGAACCUGUUCAAGUGGAAACUGAAGAAGAGGCUGAGGAGCUUAGGCAAAAGAAUGAAAAGGAUUCAAUAAUUGAUUCUCUUCUUCCAGAAGCAGAAGUUCUUUCAGCGCCGCCAAAGCUGGUCUACAAUAAGUUUGUUCUUAGAUUGGCCAGAGAUCUCUUGGUAGCAGUCGUGAAUCAGUGGAAUGAGCAUGUCCUUAUCAUUGAGAAAAUAAUCCCCCAGAAUUGGAAGGAUGAACCUUCUGCUAGAAUCUUGGAACUUUGCAUUUUGCAUCUUGCAAUGGCAGAGAUCACAGCUUUAGGAACGCGGCAUCAGAUCGUCAUCAAUGAGGCUGUUGAUCUGACAAAGAGAUUCUGUGAUGGAUCUGCUCCCCGAAUAGUAAACGGUUGUCUGCGGACUUUCAUCAAACAUCAUAACAGCAGAAUUUCUACUGUAUAACAUUAUCUGUUAAGGCUCAAAAGAAUAGUUACUGAUAAAUAUUUCUUAUUAUUUUCAAUUCAAAUUUUAUCAUUCAUUGA